GCGACUUCGGAGGUUUGCCCACCUUCCAGGGCCCCAGAUCCUGGCACUACUUUGCCGGGCUGCCCUUGGAGGAGGUACUUUGUGCCGGAUGCUUCCAAGAGGCCUCUGACUCCAGCGGCCUCAAGGACGCCAGGCUGGCCUGGGCACUUUGGGGUACGCUGCUGAGGAGAUCUACGGCGAUGUGCCUCCGGCGGCCUUCAAGCCGUACAAGCAGGUGGAGAACUACGCGAAGCGGGCGCCCCUGGGCGCCUACUGCAUCACUAGCGCUGUGGAUGGCUUGUGGCUUCAGCUAG